AUGAGUAAGAACUACUUGUCCAAAAAUGAUGAGCUCCGCAAGGGAGACUAUCUGAUGUCCAACAACGGGAAUUUCAAGGCGAUCUUCCAGGAGGAUGGUAACUUUGUCCUGUAUGGCUGGCGUCCUUUGUGGGCUUCAGACACAUGCCGAUCAGACGGUUUCCACGUGUGCAUGCAGGAUGACUGCAACCUGGUCAUGUACAACCAGCAGUCUGAGGCCAAGUGGAGCACCAACUCUGCUAAAGGUGGUCGUCACAUGUGCCGCCUUUACGUCACAGAUGAUGGAAAGUUGUUGGUGGACAAAGAAGGUGAUGAGAUUUGGAACUCUGAUAAGUCCGAGGGCAAGAAGUGAUUUAUAGUUUGAUGUCAUGUUCAACUGUCCACUAGAGUUACCAGUGAACCUUCCUUCUGUGUCAUCUGGGAUCAAAUAAAAGACCUUUUUCUCAAUGCA